CACAGACCAAAUGGUUAGUCAAACAGUUUCUACACGUCCUCAACUCCUUUGAAUCCUCAGAAGCUCGCCAGUUCAAAACUCGUUCAAGGAGGUAGUAUCCAAGAGCCUGUAUCACCUUAGUAAACAUGUGUUUCAUUGCCCCCAUGAUACCUUUGAUUCUUGUCAGCCUGUCAAUGAUACUGUGCAGCAUACACAACAUGCAUUGGGACCCCAAUGGAAACUGUGACGGUCACAUCAGCGUGUACAUUAAAUCUAGGGCCUGUGGCUGUGGUCAAAACUCUGACAAAAUGAUACAUUCAAUCUUGACAUUUUGCCACAAAUGUGGUAAAGGACAUCAGGAAGUGGCAACGAUAUGCAACAAGUGUAACAGUCAGGAGCCCAACCGCAGGUGGCACAAACCAACCUGCAACAGAUACUCUGAAAUUAGAACUUCAACUAUAACCACUGCAGGAGGCGCAAUGUGCAACAGAUGUAAAAGCCCUCGUACAAGGGAAUACCUUCACAUACAAUGCUGCGGCUGCUCUAAAACCCACCCAUUGUAUUUCACCAAUCGUGACCUGAUGUGUCCAUGUGCCCGGGAAAAUAAUGGGGGCUUCCAAUUGGAUCUGGGGCCAACAACACAACCAGUAAAUUACAUUUAG